UCCCAGAGGAAGGGCGGAGGAGGAGCAAGUCUGAGAUUACAUCAUUAGUUGGACAUUUUUAUUGCCCUGGGUCAAUAAAAUUAAACAAGCUUCCAACAAGAACACUGAGCUCACCAGACCACGUAAACCUGCAUUUCAAACCAAGAUGUCUCAACAAGAAGAUGAACAAGUCCAGCGUCCAGAGUUGACAGAAGAGGAUCUGGCUGAGGGCAGGAACAGGCUGGGACUGACUGGACCGGCUAAAAGCAAAACAUUUGAAGUAAUGGAGGAGUGUGAGAAAAUGGGUAAAACAGCACCGUCUGUGUUCAGUCAAGUGCGCUCAGGAGGAGAGACGGUCCUCAACACACGCUCGACUCGACCAAGGAAGAAGUAGAAGAACAUUAUCCUGACUGUGUGAAAAAUGUAACGGCUUAUUUUGCACUGCGCUGUGCUGGAAUUCACUUUUUAUCAUUUGGAAUAUGGCUUUGAGGCCACUGCAACAUGAUGCAUGAUAUUAGAUUAGAUUAGGAAUAGCUCUUGCCUAUAGUAGACUGAGAUAGAUUAAAAACUAUAUUAUGGAAAGAUUUUUUUUCUUAUAUGAUUCUGUGCUUUUGUUAAAUUGAAGAUUGCACCUUUAUUGUCCUUGAGUCUUGAAAAUAAUAUGUUGAUUUUGAGAGUGAUGGAAUGUAACGAAGUACAAGUAGUAAAGUACUGUACUCAAAUAUACAUUUUACAUACAGUACAUUGUUAAGUGGUAGUAGUUUUACUUUACUACAUUUUUGAACAGGUAAAAGGUAAAUAUUUUUCAUUACCGUUUGAGACCUGAAAAGGCCAAGGGGUUUAUUUUUAACACGUUCAUAAUUUGAGCGAACAAAAAUAUACAAAUAAAAACAGCUAGCAGCAAAUAUUUACCAGUAGUUGUUUCUGUUGAGCAAAAUUCAAAACAAAUCUUUAAAAAAAUUACUAAAAAUGUAUCUUUUUUUGAUAAACGGGUACUUUAAUACUUUUACUCAAGUACGAUUUUUUCAUGUGACACUUUUACUUGAGUAUUAUUGUUUUGCCCAAAUCAAGUACUUCUUCCACCACUGGAUUUUGAUAACACAUUUUGUCAAAACUGUUGCACAAUUUAGUUUACAAAAUAAAAGAGGUUGUCAAGUCAAA